AUUAAUUUUAAGCCUUUCGUCUUUCAUUUUGCUUCCAAACUCCAAAAGCAUGCAAUGGCAGACAUACAUGACUCAGUUUCUGGAACAAAUCAUGAUGAAUUUGUGAAUGACGAGCUUUUCUACAAUCUGUUGGCUGCUGCUGACUCACAUGAAAUUGAGAACCAAGGUGAUCAUGAUCCUCUCUGUUCUAAGCAGCAUCCUCUGCUCAAUCUUGAAGGAAUAUCGGCUUCAACGUCGAUAAUGGAAGUUAAUGAAGCUGACUGGGACUGGCUUCAUCCCUCUCAGCCUGGAAAUACUAGUCUUUGCUCGCCUGCUUUUGGUUCUGAAGGAGACAACAAUGUUGAAUUGGUGAGGAAUCAUCAACAAGAGAUUCAAAAUCUGGAAAUGGAAAAUUCAAACCAAUACAUUCCCAGUAGGGAUAUUCCUAGAUUGUCAUUAGAGAAUGAUGACAAUGAUGUGAUGUCAUCCGAGUAUAGUGGUGGUGGUGAGAUACAUUCUGAACCAACUGUCAAUUUAAAGUAAGUUAAUGCUCAGUCUCCAAAAAUUGGGAUGGCGUUUUCAUCUGAAGAGGAGGCUUACAAUUUCUACAAAGCUCAUGCUAAAGAAACAGGUUUCAAGGUAAGGAAAGGAAAGAUACGACGAUUGUCAGAUAGAAGCAUUAGAACAAAAUUUUUCUUGUGUUCAAAACAGGGUUUUCGAAUGCAGAAGCAGGCUAACAAGACACCAAACUAUCAGAGAAAAGAGACCAGAACAGGUUGUGAAGCCAUGGUUCAUUUUACAGUUGACAAUGGAAAGUGGCUGAUCUCAGAUUUUAAUCCUAAGCACAAUCAUGACCUUCAAGGAAAGUCGGAUAUCAUUGUAGGUUCAUCCACCAAUGUCUCAUGUGAUCAUUCUAUGAGUACCACUAUGAAUGAAGCUGGGACAGUGAAAGAAGCAGGGGCUGCAAAUUCUGUGGGAUUUCAUAAUAUGGAAUGCACUAGCAUCUUAAAUGAUGAGAAAGUCAAUGGCCUACAACUUGUAGAUGGACAAAGUUUACUUAAUUAUUUCGGACGUAUGCAAGUAGAGGAUCCUUCAUUUUUGUACACAGUGCGAGUCAAUCAUAGAAACUGCCUAAUGAAUUUCUUCUGGAUGGAUGGAAGGUCAAAGAUAGACUAUGAUUACUUCGGGGAUGUUGUCAUUUUGGACACAACUCUUCGAGUUGAUGCAUAUAAUAUGACAUGUGCACCAUUUCUAGGAAUUAAUCAUCAUGGGCAAUAUAUCUUAUUUGGAGGCGCUUUGUUGCUUGAUAACAGCAGAGACUCAUUCCUUUGGUUGUUCAGGACUUUUCUGGAAGCGAUGGGAAACCGUCAACCAAAAACAAUAUUCACUGAUGGGUGUCAAGCACUGUCGGACGCACUAGAGGUGGUGUUGCCAGAUACUAAACAUCUUCUUGGUCUACGGUAUAUCUUCCAAAAUACUGCAGAGCAUCUUUCCAGCUAUUC